AUGUCUGACCAUAUUAAGGCUUUCGCAGGUGGAUUCCAUGGACUCAGCACCGUCCUAUUUAUGGAAGAGUCCAUGUGCAGUACGGUGGACUAUAUGCAACUGAUAUUUGCACUGCUGGGCUAUCUUCGUCCGAAGCUAAUUGAGAAAUUAGAAUUGGUCGGUUUAGGGCCAGAUUUUGCUCUGGCUUGGAUCGUCACUUGGUUCGCUCAUGUCCUACCGGAAAUGGCGGAUGUGCGUCGGCUGUUUGAUCUAUUUCUUGCUACCGACCCUCUGAUGUUGAUCUACGUUUCUGUCGCGGUUAUAAUCCGAAGCGAUGAAGAAGUACAUUCAACCUCGGACGAUUUUGGCAUGUUACAUCAUAUUUUGCUUCGAUUACCAAAGAAACACCCGGUUGAAGAGCUGGUCAAGUUCGCUGUCAAGCUCUACAUCGCCGUUCCCCCGGAGAAGUUAACCGAAUUAGGCAAUCAGCGCCAAGCCCUACUCAGUAGCAAUAUGUCGUCUCGGCAGAUGAAACCGGUCAGAUCUCGUAAUCGUACUCCAUCGGUCUAUUUGAGUGCUUUUCUGUUGGCUUUGGCCGCGUUUGUUGAUUUAGAUGCAGAUCGUCAGAUGGAUGCUAUCCUGCUUGAUGCAUCCGGUUACAAGCUUUACGCCUCACUCGCACCCCCACGUCAGUCGAUUUUCUCGUUUAACCAACCGAAGAAUCCCAGCCUGCCGGAACCUACCUUGUUGUUAGAUCCGGCGUUUUCCAAACCGAUUCGUGUCGUGUCACCUGCGGAUUUCAAUGGUGAUUCCAUUGCUGAUUUGCUUCUUCUGACCGGCUCCAUCACAGGCCCAUUCGAUGCUUAUAUUGCCUAUGGGGCUUCGGGUGACAAACGAGGGACAUUUUUGCAGCCGAAACUUUUGACCACAUUUUCCGCUCAGCCAUUGGUUUGUGACAUCAACUCAGAUCUCAUUGCGGACAUCUAUGGCGAAGUCCCUAAUAACUCUCGAGUUUUGUACUACGGCGGGUAA